CUAAUGUCAGGUGCCUUCGAAUGCCUUCGAAACGCCCGCCCAACCUAGGGAAAGCGGGGUGUCUGUUAAUUCGAGAUGGUCGAUUACUACCUCUUAUCGCAACCUAACUGCAACUAAUCCGUACUAAUUCUUUAGUUGCUGUGCUGGUCCACCCGCCCGCUUCCGAUCCUCUCUUCUAUCAACUCUCACGCGCUCUUUUGACUCCAUUCUCGGUUCUCUUAAUUCCUCAAAGCCUUUCCUGACUUCCUUCCUACGACACCCCUCGGAAAAGCUAACGAUUAGCAAGCAACAACCAACCAUGGCAACAGUCCCGCAUUGUCUCUACUGCUUCGAGACGCUUGCUGCGUACCUUGAGGGUCGCAAGUCCAUGAGCCUUAACGAGAUUGUGAACUCGUGGGUCGAGUACAACAAGGAUACGGAAGCCGGCGUCGAAGAUGCAAGCAAACACGAAAGCCUCGAGAAGCGCAUCCCCGCUCUUGGACGAGUAGUCGGUUCUGAGUCCUCCGAAACAAGCAGCUCGUCCUCGCCUUCUUCAGGCUCGACUAUGUCCCUUGCCACCGACACAACUACAACCUCUACAGAUUCACUCCGAGAAACCAUUAUUACAGAAUCCCCGCUAUUCGUCACCUGGAACACCGUGUCCUCUCGCACGGGCAAUACUUCCCUACGAGGCUGCAUCGGGACGUUUGAAGCGCAGGAGCUUGACGAGGGGUUAUCAUCCUACGCCAUCACCUCGGCCAUCAACGAUAUGCGCUUCGAUCCCAUCAGCAAGCGAGAAUUGCCCUCUCUCGAGGUCGCCGUUACGCUACUAACCGAUUUCGAGGACUGCGAGGACUCGAUGGACUGGGAGAUCGGUACGCACGGACUACGUAUAAGCUUCUCGGAACGAGGCCGCCGUUACGGCGCAACUUACCUGCCGGAUGUUGCUGCCGAGCAAGGGUGGACUAAAGAGGAGACUCUAGUCAGCCUGAUGCGCAAGGCUGGCUGGGCGGGCCGCAAGGAAAAGUGGCAGACCGUUGACCUCAAGGUCGUGCGCUACCAGGGCAAGAAAAAGUCCUUACUAUACUCCGAGUACAAGCGCUGGCGCGACUGGGUCAGCCAGAAGAGUGAGGACGAUGACGAUGACGAUGUCGAUGACGAUGACGAUGACGAAGAUGAGGCAUAGACAGAUAGACAUUAUGCUACAUACACUAUCACGGGCGCACUCACUGGAGAGUGCAAAUACAUAUUUGAUGGACGGCGUUGCGCAUGAUGGAUGGAAGGGAGUCUAGAAUUUGGCGUCUAGAACAGCAGCAGCGGACGCAGCAGCAUCCUAGGUGGGUGGUUUGAUGAUACAGGUAGAUUUUGGUCUUUUUCGGUGCGUUUCCGUUGUGCAUGUUAUGUUCGCCUAGUCGUUGAAUUUUACCUAGUUAAGUAUUCUACGACUUAUCACAAUAUUGACAAUAUCUAUCCACCCCUUCAGCCAGGCUCAGGUAUAUCUUUAAUUAGAAUUAUAGUCUCCAACAUUAUAUCUGUCGCGCAACUCCGUUGGCCUGGACACAAUUUCGCAAUUCAGCCGCGUUGUUCGAUCGAUGAAGGGACAUAAUCCUCGAUGUUUAAGAUCUCAUGCCAGCGGCGAUCUAGGGGAUAAGGGAACCAAGUGUUAGAUAAAUUGAUCUAUUAAACUAACUAAUAAAAAUGAAACAUUAUUAUUUUUUUUUACAAA